CCGCCUCCCCCCCCCCCCCCCCCACCGCGUGCACACCCCGCACCGCCAAAUCCGUCGUAACCCUAGGCUCGCAACGCCCAUGGCCUCAGCCUCCGCCUAGGGCGGAAGCCUCCUAUGGGUUCCGGGUACGCCGUCGCCGCCGACGACGAGAGGAGAUCGAUCGAGGGAGAAUGAGGUGCUUCGUCUGCCGAUCGUCGUCCGCCGGGUGCCAGGCCAUGGGCGUUGCGGGACGGGCGAACCCUACGUCGUCGCUGCGCAGCCGCCGCUGCCUCCGCAUGCGGCCGUCGUACGCCCCCUUCUCCGAGCCCUUCACUGAACGCCCGGCACCGCCCGCCCCUGCCUCGCCUGCUGCGCCCAGGGCGUAGCGCCAACCCCGCCUUCCCUCCGGCGAUCUCGCCGGCCCAUUUCUCUCUACUGCUUCCUCUCUUGCUCGCAGUGUUUGAUCGUAGAUUCGUUUGCUCGGGGCUGAUCCGAAAUGGAGGUGUUUGGUGGUGGGGAUGAGUUGGUCGAUGCUGAGUACGCGGAGGUAGAUCCAACCGGGAGAUACAUGCGCUACAAUGUGGUUCUGGGGCGAGGAGCUUUCAAGACUGUUUACAAGGCAUUCGAUGAGGUUGAAGGCAUCGAGGUUGCAUGGAAUCAAAUGAACAUUGAUGAGGUUAUGCAGUGUCCAGAUAACCUUGAUAAGCUCUACACGGAAGUUCAUCUUCUGAAGACUCUCAAGCAUGUAAAUGUAAUGAAGUUCUAUUAUUCUUGGAUUGAUCAUCAGAAUAAGACAAUUAAUGUUAUUACAGAGCUGUUCACGUCUGGAAGUCUCAGGAAUUACCGGCAGAAACAUCCACAUGUUAACUUGAAGGCAAUAAAGAAUUGGGCAAGGCAGAUUCUUCAUGGAUUGGACUACCUACACAGCCACCAACCUCCAAUUAUCCACAGAGACCUGAAGUGUGAUAAUAUUUUUGUUAACGGGAAUCAUGGAGAAGUUAAAAUUGGAGAUCUUGGACUAGCUACUGUGAUGCAAACACCUAGAGCGAGGAGUGUUAUUGGUACUCCAGAAUUCAUGGCACCUGAGCUAUAUGAUGAGAGUUAUGACGAACUUGUUGAUAUAUACUCAUUUGGAAUGUGCUUGUUGGAGAUCUUUACUCUUGAAUAUCCAUACAGUGAAUGCACAAAUCCAGCUCAGAUUUUUAAGAAAGUAUCUACAGGUGUCAAACCUGCUGCAUUGGCUAAAAUUGCUGAUCCUCAAGUAAAGCAAUUCAUUGAGAAAUGCUUAGUUCCUGCUUCUGAGAGGUUGUCUGCCAAAGAGCUCCUGCAAGACUCAUUUCUUUGUCCUGGUAAUACAAAUGGUCCUGCUUGCACUAAGCUUCCAUUGCCAACAGCCAAAGCAGUAGACAUCUCUCUUGAAUCUUUGCACAUGGACGUUGAUACUCGUGGAUCCAGCCCUGCUAGUUCAGGCACUGAAAAUGGUCGUGUUCGUCCACAUACACCAGUCCUGGAGUUCACAAGAACUAACAAAAAUACGGAACUGAAGCUAAAGGGAGAGAAACUUGAUAACAAUUCAGUCUCUCUGGUUUUGCGAAUUGCUGAUUUGUCUGGUCAUGCAAGGAAUAUUCAUUUCCUCUUCUACUUGGAUUCUGAUACAGCAAUGUCUGUGGCUGCUGAAAUGGUUGAACACUUGGAGUUAGCAGACUGCGAUGUUACUUUCAUUGCUGACUUUAUUGACCUUUUGAUAGUGAAUCUUGUUCCUGGUUGGAGACCAGUAAAUGAUGCAGCUGAGAACUUGUUUAGGCAGUCUAAAAUGGGUGAAAGUGAGAUUGUAAUUACUUCCCACGAGAACUUAUCAGGGUUGAUGCCUAGUUAUGUGUUAGUUGAUGGUACAAUGCAUCCAAAAGAUGGGAAUGCAUCAUCAAAUGAUUAUCUUGAUUAUGUCUCAAGUACAACUAACCUAGGAGGAGCACAGGGCUCUGAAGGUUCGGUCAUUUCUGUGCAGCUUGCGGGGAGUUCCAAAAGUGUGAGCGACUAUGGGACUGAUGAUUAUGGUACUAUGGACUGUGGUGGGUACAAGGUUGGAAUCGAUAAGCUAGAGUGCAAUAAUGUUUUAGGUGAUGGAUCAAGUCCAAUUUUCCAUAUAGAUCAAGCGUCACCUGGCUUGGAGUUGGCCAGCAGUGGUUCAUCAAUCUUCAAUGCUGAUAGUCAGGAUGUGCUAAAUGGAGAGCUUGAUUUCAUUGAAGCUCAGUACAAACAUUUGGUUGAUGAGUUAACAAGGAUGCGGGAGGAGGCUUUGGAAGGAGCACGGAAAAAGUGGUUGCCAGAUAAUUGAUGUUUUAAUUCAUUUUCUGCGCUCCACCUUAACAUAAGCAUGGAUGUUCAGAUUUUGUGUUCGACAAGUUUUCCCCCAUACAAAUGUGAGAAACCUUAACAAUCUCUUAGUUGGAAAGUUGUAGUUUGCAA